AUGAAUAGAUAUCUAAUUUAUUUUUCUUACAUUGGCACUAGGUUUAAAGGAGUUCAGAAACAAUAUGAUAAAGGAGUUCCUCUCUUUAAGAAUGAAACUAUUCAAAGUUUACUAGAAUCAGCUUUAUUGCAAUUAAGAAAGAAACCAUUAAAUAAUCCUGUAGUAUAUCCUGCUAGUAGGACAGACCAAGGUGUUCAUGCACUAUGUACAGCUGCACAUGUUGACCUAGAAUUUUAUAAUGGACAAAAGCCAAUUUAUCAUAUUAUUCAUGCGAUGAAUACAUUUUUUAGAGUUGAAAAUCAUGACAUAAGAGUUUUGAAUGUCCAAGUGGUUCCAGAUACUUUCAGUGCUCGCUAUUCUGCCAUCAGAAAAACGUAUGCGUAUAGAUUUGCAGUUGUGAAACCUGAUGUAUUACCUCAUGUACCAUAUAAAUCAAGUGUAUUUCCAUUACCUAUAAUUGAAAAGGAUAGAUGCUACUUUAUUCAAAAUCCGAGGUUUGAUAUAUCUUUAGCAAAAGAAGCUGCCAACUUGUUCGUUGGUUAUAAAGACUUUAGAGCAUUCAUGGGCAAAUCAUUAAACCCUGAGAUAGUUACGCAGCGUAAUAUUGAGGAAUUGUCUUUAAUUGAAACAUCAUCUCUUCUACCAUCUGCAGAAAGCAAGUAUUAUGACUUCUGGCAAGUAACUUGCAGAGGGAAAUCAUUUCUCUAUCGACAGGUGAGAAGAACUGUUGGAGUUUUGAUUGCUGUGGCCCAAAAAAAGAUUUCUAUUGCAGAAGUCGAAGCUAUGUUUGAAAAUCCAACUAAAGAUUCAUGGAAUGAUAAAGCUACUGUGGUACCACCUUAUGGAUUGUACCUGCAACAAGUUGAGUACAGGGAAGAAGAUUUGCUUUGUGAUGUAGAAAGUAAAAAAGAAAUAGAUAUUAGAAGCAUUUAA